AUGAAACUCUUCAACCGCUUCCGGAAGAUAAUAAUGAGACUCUUAUUUUCUAUCCCAUCUCGAUCAGCUGCCGCGUCUUCUUCAUCUUCCUCAGGAGCUACGAGCAGCACCCCCAGGCAAAGGAACAGCACCAGCUGUGACAGGUUCUUUGAGCCCCCAAAGACUUCAUGCAGUUCCUAUUAUUCAUCUCAUUCGCAUUAUAACGAGGCCAUCGCUGACUGCAUCGAGUUCUUUAAUAAGUCCUCCUCGUCUACCCAAGAGGACAUGUUGGAUAUUGAUCCACAAUCCAGCGUUAUGGUUUGA